GAGGAGUCGGGACCAGGAGGACAACCUUUUUAGCCAAGGUAUUUCUCAGUGAUGACAAAAGAUCCUGCGGCUUCACCGCCUCAUCAAAUGACAGCCAAUUGCCUGAAGUAUGUUUACUGAAGUGAUGUGGGAGCAUGUCACCCCGGUGUCUUGCCGGUCUUCACGUCGUACGCCGCAAUUGCAACCAGCACCGAUCCAUGAUGAAUUCUAUAGAUAUGUUUCUCCUCAGGCACCGCUUCAAAGAGACGCUGUACAUCAUUGACUACAAAGGCAGAGCAUUUUGGACACGAUUUCUUCCCCUCAAUAUUAUCUUGAUAUACUGUACUAGCAAUGCUGCGUUGGCUACUUCUCGUGCUUGUCCUCGCAGCUAGUGUUGUUGUGUUCACUAACCCCUCUCUAGGAUUCAAGAAGCCGGGGUUUGCACCAUACCAGUGUCAAGCACAUGCCUGGGUGAGAGCACCUGACAUGGUUCCCGGCGAUGUCAUCGCAGGCGACGUCAAGAUUAAACUCCAAGGACCAUGCACGGAUGCCGCCGAGAGCUAUACACUAGGGUUGCGCUACAAGGAAAGGGUCUUCUGGAAGUUGAGACGGCACGAUGCGUGGAUUCCUAGGGGACUAGGAUCCAACUUCAAGUACAAAAUUAUUGACUCCAUUCGUAAGGUGUUUCUUCGAAUUCAGACGCCUUCCCAGCACCCGGACUACAAUGUGGUGGAAUGGAAGGCCUUCCAGAACUCUGUCCAGAAGGCCUUGUGGUCUGUUCACGAGGAAGAACGGGUUGCCUUUGAGAUCAAGACUCUUCUGGUUGGUGCAGAUGGGACAGAUACUUUGUCAACAAACUUCACGACUCGAUUCGGAAUUCUGGUUCCAAAUACAAAUUACCCUCCAGGAUUAGAUUGCCGUCAAGGUGGGAUGCCGUACAGAGGAGACUUCGAUGUAAUAUCCAGCGAAUCGAUUUACGAGUACUUUGUCGAAAUCAGGUUUAGCGAUGGCACCACUUUAGAGGUACCUGCAGGGAUAACAGCCUUCACUCCGUUCUACUCGACCAAGAAUGAAGCACCCAGCACUAACAUAUCCCUGGGACAGUCAGGUCCCGGUUUCAACAUGGGGCCAUUGGUGGACAGCUUGAGGAGCAACUACACGAUUGAAGUAUUCGGAGCUCGUGUUCAUCAAAACUCGUCCGAAAACAUCACUGCCGUUGUUCAUCGGACAGGAUAUACGAAUCGGACAGACACUCCUGUGAAGCUGUGUGUAUCUCCUCUGAGCGGUCCGGGUACCAUCGAAUGGCAUCCUCAGGAGCUCAAGCACCGACCAAAGGGGCCAUUCUCACUCCAGUUCAUCAAGGCGUUGGUUCCCUCCAUUGCCCCCUCCAUGCAGUAUUUGCCAAUGUUUGGAGGCUACCCUCCGUUCUACCAACCUUCAUGCACAGACAUCAAAUUUGCCGCAGCGUCUUCAGACUUGACUCAUGAAGGCCACAUAUCUUCCACGUCCUCCGAACCUCUAUCACUAUCCCUCCACGUGCGUGACGAUGUUGUUCCCAACUUUUCAAAGUACUAUCAGACACUGGGACAUCGUUUCAAUGUCAAUAUCCUUGUCAAGGCCGAUCCAUCAGAACCAUGGAAGUAUGACACGGAGCAGUCACAAUGGGAGCGGCAGACUGCAGGGCUGGAUGAAACUGAAUUUGACUGGGUGCCAUGGUUGCCUCCCAAACAAACUCGUCACCGAUACCUUUCCGGCGACGCCAAUCUAUCAAUCGUUUCAAUGGAGAAGCAGCGUCCUGCGCAAUCAACGCCAGUCCACUACCUGUCAGACGAAGCUCGCCAACCAGCAUUUGUCAAAUCGUCAGACAUCGCUGACCUUCGUCUGAUGUCGCCCGAGGAACGCGAUCUCAUCGCUCCACUUGCACAGCCGUCUCUAAAGGUAUUUGCUGAGGGAGAAGAACUUCCUAGUAGAUACUCCACCGUCAGUAACAUGCAACGGCCCAUAUACGUUGGAGACACAUGGCUUCACAAAGUAUUGGCUACUGAAGGCCAACAUGAGAGAGAUACUAUGGACCGCUUGCUCGUGGUGCAGUAAUCGUCAAUUCCCCUUAUAUACAUCAUAUCACAGUCCAUCUUGUGUGCCCAUCAAGACUCAGAUACUUAUGCAUGUCUCUCGAAUUCCAGUAGAAUCUCUUUAAUCCGAA